AUAUAUAACACAACAUACGUAACAUGACCCCAAACCCUAUAGCAACACACUCUUCACGACUCAUAUUAUGCCGUGUACGUCAUGAGUUCAGUAGCAAGAGACCGAAAGGAACAAAUGGUAAUCCAGUCUUCAAUCGUGUUGCUUCAAGAAAGAUUCAGACAACUUCAGAGAACGCGAGAGUUAAGAGCUGAGCGAGAGCUCCUUAACCCUAAAGCUAACCACCAAGACAACAAUAUCUUACAAUAUUACACCCAACCCGCGAGUUUUGAUUUCUUCCAGUUUCUACCUCUAAACUCUCAAACAUCCUCGUCACAGCAGCUCCUCUCCCUCUCCUUAUGCCCUAUCUCCACCUCUGAUUCCACUGAAAAGCCUAGCUUUUAUCAUCACUGGCCAAAUAAAGACGACAAGAAGAAGGUGGUUGGGACUGAUCGAUACGACGAUGUUGAUACGUCUCUGCGUCUCUAAGUUCAUAAAGUUUCUCCUCAAGUCUUUUUGCUUUUAAUUUAUACAAAUGUGUGUAUAACCUUUUCUGGUCGGUAUGCUCUUAUAAGGAGUCUUGUAGCUCUUAGCGAAAAAGGCGUCUUGUAGGUGGUAAUGAUAUGUAUGUUCAAAUGCAAUCAUAUACAGUGUUACAUGUUUCAGAGCUAAUUCUUGUGAUAUAUAUCUU